AUGUCAUCAAUUCCGAAAUCGAAGACACAAGACAGGCAAGGAGAUGUCUCGUUGAGGAUCAAUUCCACCCUGGACUCUAUAAACCCCGAUCACGAGAACAAAAUCCAGGUUGGAGUGGAAGCUUUCUCAUAUGAAUACCCGGAAGGUGGCCUAUCAGCAUGGAUUGUGGUGGCUGGGGCAUCCAUGAUGAUGGCCUGCACAUUCGGGAUGAUGAGUACGGUAGGGGUUCUACAAUCUUACUGGGAGACACACCAGCUACAAAUGUACUCAUCCAGUGAGAUUGGAUGGAUAUCUUCCUUAUUUGUAUUCCUCAAUUUGCUGCUGGGUGUGCAAGUUGGCCCGUUGUUCGACCGAUACGGCCCGCGAUGGGUCAUGCUCAUGGGUUCCAUACCAUACACCAUUUCCAUCUUUCUAUUGGGAUCUUGCCAAAAGUAUUAUCAGUUUCUACUCUGUUUGGGUGUACUGGGUGGAGUCAGCAGUGCACUUGUGUCAACUCCGUGUCUGGCUAUUAUUUCACAUUGGUUUAAUCGGCGCCGUGGCACUGCGACUGGCAUUGCUAUGGCUGGCUCAAGCCUUGGCGGCAUAAUUUUUCCGAUUAUCUUGAGACCAGCAUUGGAUAAUCUUGGCUGGGCUUGGGCACUCAGAAUCCUGGGCUUUAUCUUCUUUAUCUUCCUGGCUAUUGGGAACAUGUGCAUCAAGAGCAGGUUCUCGGUAAAGACGAGUGGAGGAACCAUUAACUUGAAAUGCUUUGCGGAUUCUCGAUUUAUAUGGGCCACGAUAGGCGCCUUCUUCGGCGAGAUAGUCGUUUUUACAUCACUGGGCCUGAUACCAUCAUACGCCCUUUCUCAGGGAUUCGGCUCCGAGACUGGGUUUUAUCUAUUGUCUGUGUUUAAUGCUGGAUCGGGUUUAGGUCGAUGGCUUGCAGGAUUGGCCUCUGAUCACUACGGUCGAUUUAACACAAUAUCAGUAAUUAUGGCCGUUACCGCACUAUGUAUUUUCGUCUUAUGGUAUCCAUUUGGUCAUCUGAUUGGUGUGCUGUAUCCUUUUGUCUGUCUACUCGGUUUUGGAACAGGGAGCAUUCUCAGUCUGACGCCUGUAUGCAUCGGGCAAUUAUGCAAGACGGAAGACUUCGGGCAGUGGUUUGGAACUUGCUAUUUUGUUACCAGUUUCGGGAGUUUGGUUGGAAUCCCAAUUGGUGGACUGCUGCUACAAGUAGUUGGGGCCUCAAAUUUGGUCGCCUUUCUUGGCGGUGUUCUUGUCAUCGCUUUGAUUGCUUUUGUGAUGGCGCGAUGGGCAUGUUUAGGAUAUCAUUGGAAAUGGUUCACGAUCGCAUGA